CAAGAGCUUCAUUGGUUUGACUGAUGAAAUGAAACACGACAUUCAAAAUCAAAUAGAUGAUAACCCAGAAGAUCCUAUACCGAUUCCUACUGAUGACAAAGCCCCACAGGUCAACAUUCCCUUCUCAAAAGAGCAUUCAUUUCACUGUCAAAUACACAGAGAUGCAUUCAAGUAUGGUGUCGUUCCAGCCAAGGUCAAUGAUCGACUCAUAGUCGAUCUUCGCUGGUUUGGCUACAUGGAACCCAACCCAGAAAACAGAGAACAAGAUCAAGGACAGAUUUGGAAUGCCUCAACCUACGUUCUACUUCAAGCUCAGUGAAGAAGAUGCCAAACAAUCUCACAUCAUGAUCAAUGACAUGACCACAGCAGCUGACGCUCUAGGAGGUUUCCUCCCAGGAUCCGAACCACAAUUCAUGCCUAUUGGAAGCAGCCUCCAACUCACGGUCACACACUCAUACUAC